AUGGAGGAGUCGGGGCCUCGAACACCCUCUGAAUGGUCUUUGUCCUUCCACGUCAACCUCCGCCGUGAAAAGCAGAGUUAUAAGGUAAACGACUUUAGAACGUCUACCCUCCGUAUUUGUGACUACACAUCUGAUCUCGACAAACUGCUUUGCUACUUGAAUACAAUUCCUUCCAUUCAGGAAAUGGUCCAGGGGUCCAUCUCCCUGUUCCGCGAUAACAUUGAAAACCUAUGGGAAGACCCUAAAAAUGAGGGAGGCACCAUAUUACGUUUUAUGUGUUGCAAGAAGGGCGUACACAGAGAGAGCGAGAUUCAUGGUGAGAAUAACGAUCAGGAACGCCAGGAUACCCAGAAGAGGUUUAUGGGGUCCGCCCCUAACUCGGGUAAGUAUACAUCUCAAAAGUCUCAAACUCCUACGCCAGUACUAGAGGUAGAGAAGAUAACAGAUCUGUGGAAGCUGUUGCUUGCCCUCAUUCUUUCAUCAGCCUUUGAGAAGAGCCCUUCUGAGCAAUCCAGUCGGGCAAUUAACGGCAUAUAUUGCAAGGUGUCAAAGGAGGGCACCGUUACGUUUGAGAUCUGGUUCAGCAGUUAUGGUGGAAGCAACUCCAAGCAGAAGACCGUAAAUAGUGUGAAAAGUCUGCUCACUGACAUCUUUAACAGCCCCGAGCUAAAAGAUUAUGAGAGUGGGGCGGAGUCAGAAGGAAAAGGGUCUGGAAUUAGUAUUGCAUCUACCUUUAAAGUUACCGAGUUAAUCCUCAACGCCCCGAAUAAGCAUAAGGCAGGGAUGCGCUCAUCCAUGUCUCAUUAG